AUGGCUUUGUUAUGUUAUGACAUUACCGAUGCACUGGACCACAUGCACCAAAGGGGAUAUCUUCACUGUGAUUUGAAAUCCAAUAAUGUGUUAGUUGCUCAAAAUAAAGGGUUUCUAAUUGAUUUUGGUAAAGUUUGUGAGAUAUCCCGACCAAAGGCCAAGAGAUACAAGGAGGUAUACAAGCAUAUUGCUCCAGAAGUCUUGAAGGGGUUCCCUGUUACACCUGCCAGCGAUAUAUAUUCACUUGGGAGAGUCCUCAAGGCAGUUGCUAAGAAAAUCAAUAGCACCAUCCUUUCACAGUUAGGAAAUGCAGCUACUGAUCUCAAACCAAAACAAAGGCCCACACUUCUGAAAAUCUUAACCACAUUGAAUGCUCAGAAUAUUCACAAGAACUGA